AUGACCCGUAGCAGGCUGCCGAUGAGCACGAGUGUUGCCGCAUUAACGCGAUAUCGACAACCAGCUCGACCGUCGACGUCGUCUCCAGACUCGUCCGAUACCCCGCAGCCGACUGCCUCAUCGUCGACCCUCACUGGUGGUGAAGAUCGUCUACCGAUGUCAACAUCGUCUCCGGGACUCUCUGCGGACUUCAACUCGGCCAGCUCGUCGUCGCUUGGACAACCUAUGACACCGAAUUCGUCAGUCCCCAUCGUGACUGACCCCGAGCACCCUGCGUACAACCACCCGGGUCCGUUGACUAGCAACCCGAUCGCAACCGACCCCCCUGUGACUUCGCUCAUGCCUCGCCGUAUUCUUGAUGUGCCAGUAGGACCAUCCCCGAGACCCGUAGCUGCGACCGGAGACCUGCCGAUUCCGUUGCUGUAUAACGGAGGCGAGAGUCGCGUAGCGCCAGCCGAUGCGUCUUCGACCAAGGCGUCGACAGCAGCCGCUUGCAUGAACGCAACAGCCGUUCCUCAUAUCAGGAUAGAGAACGUUCCGCCUCAUAUUCCGACAGGUGGCCUCAGCGCCAAGAACAAGAACAGUUUGGACACCGUCCACACCAGGGUCCCACCGAUGGACAUAUCGAUAUCGAAGCCCGGACUGGAGCAGCAAGACGGAAUUCCCAGAGCGCGGACCUUUGGCAAUAUGUUGUCCAACUUUGCCGCCCCUUUUGCGCGGUCAACCACGUGUGCCGACCUCCACUCUCAUGGCGAGGCUGCGCACGACGUAUCGCUACCGCAAACAGUUGGUGGCGGCACUAUAGGAAUAGCUACCGAUGCUAGAAACUAUAUCGUAGGUCCUGCGAGUACGCCGAGGGCCCAGAGUCCAGCUUUCAGCCCUCCAUCACGUCUCAAUGGCGUGCGGCUGAUUUAUGCGGCACAGGAUUCGGCAUACUGGGCCGGCCGUUUCACGGCACUAAUGGAUCGGUUCAAGUCCGAGAAUCUUCCUGGAGCUCUUUCCGCAGCAGUUAACGCCCACACAGAGAAACCCGUGAUCCCACCGGGAAAAGGGGGCAAGCCUCAAAUCUCACUUCCCCUCUCACACACCAUGACCUGUGUCUCGGGCUCCGGUGUUACGCCCUCGGCACUCGAAUCCGCUAAGCCUAUCCCGCGGUCGGAACGGAGGCAACGUCGGGGCGCAGCCGCAGCCGCGUCACCAAGCUUCCUAAAGCCUGGUUUGUCAUCGGAGGCGGCGACUUUGCUCUCAGACGAAGAUAGUCGUGCCAGGCGCGCUUUCUUGCACCUAGAGACACUGUGUGUGACGAACGAGGCGCGUAAAAGCUUGCAUUCCUGGCAAAACGACUACGCCCGUUGCAUGGGCAAGCCGUAUCUACUACCGAAAGCCAAAUUCGCGGAUGGGAAGACCAGGGGAUGGGUUGGACGACUUUUUAAUGGUGGUAAGAAGGGUCAUUAA